CUCUUUCAUUCCUGAUUCUCCCAAAACUUCUGUACUUUGGGGGCCAGGGGGUGUUUCACUCCUUGAGUUUCCUUUACUUAUCAACAGCUGCAGAGCACAAAUAACCUUUCCAAGACUCUGGAGGGACACUGACAAUUGCAUGGAGACAACGUAGAGAGUGCAGCCUGCAGCAGCUGCAGCGAGGCGGCCGGUCACUCAUGAGCACCCAAGGAGCAGAGCCAGAGAUGGAUGACUGCCUGGAGACCCUGAAAGAUGAGGAGGAGGCUUUGUGGGAGAAUGUGGAGUGCAACCGGCACAUGCUGAGCCGCUACAUCAACCCAGCCAAACUGACCCCCUACUUACGGCAGUGCAAAGUCAUUGAUGAGCAGGAUGAGGAUGAGGUGCUCAACUCACUCAUGCUGCCCUCCAAAAUUAACAGAGCAGGCCGACUGCUGGACAUCCUCCACACCAAGGGCCAGAGGGGCUACGUGGUGUUCUUAGAGAGCCUGGAGUUUUACUACCCUGAACUCUACAAACUGGUGACAGGGAAAGAGCCUACACGGAGAUUUUCCACUAUUGUUGUGGAGGAGGGACAUGAAGGCCUUACCCAUUUCCUAAUGAAUGAGAUCAUCAAGCUUCAGCAGCAGGUGAAGACAAAAGACGUGCAGCGCUGUGAGCUCCUAGCCAAAUCCCGCCAGCUGGAGGAUGAGAGAAAGCAGCUAAAGCUGAACAAGAUAGAGCUGCUGACCUUCCAGGAGAGAUACAACAAGAUGAAGGAGGAGAGGAAUAACUACAACGAUGAGCUGGUCAAGGUGAAAGAUGAGAACUACAAUCUGGCCAUGAGAUAUGCCCAGCUGAGUGACGAGAAGAGUAUGGCUGUGAUAAGGAGCCGGGACCUGCAGCUGGAGAUUGACCAGCUGAAGCAUCGCUUGAACAAGGUGGAAGAGGAGUGCAAGCUGGAGAGGAACCAGUCUUUGAAGCUGAAAAAUGAUAUUGAAAACCGACCCAAAAAGGAACAGGUUCUGGAGCUGGAGCGGGAAAAUGAGAUGAUGAAGACAAAAAUCCAGGAGUUACAGUCCAUCAUUCAGGCUGACAAGAGGGGUUUGCCAGAUUCAGACAAAGCCAUUUUGGAUAUUCUGGAACACGACCGUAAGGAGGCACUGGAGGAUCGUCAUGAGCUGGUCAACAAGAUCUUUAAUCUCCAAGAGGAGAUUCGUCAUGUGGAGGACUUGAGAGACAAGUAUCUUGAGGAGAAAGAAGAUUUGGAGUUAAAGUGCUCAACACUAGGAAAAGACUGUGAGAUGUACAAGCACCGUAUGAACACUGUGAUGAUACAGCUGGAAGAGGUGGAAAAGGAGCGGGACCAGGCGUUCCGCUCGCGCGACGAGGCUCAGACCCAGUACUCCCACUGCCUGAUUGAGAAGGAUAAAUACAGGAAGCAGAUCCGGGAGCUGGAGGAGAGGAACGACGAGCUCCGAAUCGAGGUGGUGCGUAAGGAAGCGUGCAUCGUCAACCUGGAGUGCAAACUCCGGCGCCUCUCCAAAGACAGCAACUUCCUCGACCAGGCCUUUGGGAAUUCUGGCCCAAAAGCCAACGGUCAGGAAGCUGAUGACUCCUCCACUUCUGAGGACUCUCCAGAAGACAACAAAUUCUUCUUGCCUGAUCAAGUUCGUCUCAAGAGAAGAGUGAACCUAAAGGGGAUCCAGAUAAGUCCAAGAGCUAAAUCCCCUGUCAGCAUGAACAAAACAUCAGACUUUCAAGCAGUCAGAGCACAGGAUGAAGAUGGGGCUGAGGGCAGCACCAGCCGCACGGACACAAGCUCCUCUGUGUCCAUCAGUAACUCCAUCAGCAGCUGUGAAGUCACCAAGAUUCAAACCCUGCGAAGUCGCAACGACAGCAUCAUGUCGACCACCCCGGAGCCUCCCGGGAACGAUUCCAUCGUGCGGCGCUGCAAAGAGGACACCCCUCACUGCAGCCUGGCUGAAGAGGACAAUGACAGCUUUGGAUGUGAUGCUUUAGAGCUGGAUGAUGACAGUCACGACAGGCAGUCACACGGAGCUCCUUCAGUGCACUCUUCCUCUUCUUCUCAUCAGUCAGAAGGCCUGGAUGCCUAUGAGCUUGAGCAUGUCAACUCCAUAUUUAGAAAGUUCUCACUGGAAAGACCCUUCCGUCCCUCUGUCACAUCCGUGGGCCGCAUCAGGAGCUCGUGUCACACGAUCCAGCGCGUGACACUCAACGGGGACAGCCUCAACUCCGAGAUCACCCUGCUUGGGGGCAAUGACAAAGGCAGCUUCGUCAGCUCUGUCAAGACAGGCUCCCCUGCAGAGAAAGCUGGCCUUCGGGAGGGACACCAGAUCCUCCUGUUGGAGGGCUGCAUUAAAGGGGAAAAUCAAAGUGUUCCUUUGGAUACUUGCACAAAGGAAGAAGUUCACUGGACAAUUCAGAGGUGCAGUGGUCCAGUAACACUCCAGUAUAAAUCAAAUCAUGAAGGGUACCGCAAGCUGCUGUCGGAGCUGGAGGAAGGGCUCAUCACCUCGGGGGACUCCUUUCACAUCCGCCUGAACCUGAACAUCUCCAGCCAGCUGGACUGCUGCUCCCUGUCAGUGAAAUGUGAUGAGAUCGUCCACAUUCUCGACACCAUGUACCAGGGCAGGUGUGAGUGGCUGUGUGCCAGGGUGGAUCCCUUCACUGACAGGGACCUGGAGAUGGGGACCAUUCCCAGCUACAGCAGAGCCCAGCAACUCCUUUUGGUGAAGCUGCAGCGGUUGAUGCACAGAGGAAGCAAAGAUGAGACAGAAAACUCCUACAACACCCUUCGGGCACUGCGGAAUACAUUGCAGCCAGAGGAGCCUGCCCUGCAGAACGACACAAAAACCAGCCCUCGCCUAUCCAGAGCAAGCUUUCUUUUGGGACAGAUUUUACAGUUUGUCAGUAGGUCUGAGAACAAAUACAAACGAAUGAACAGCAACGAGCGGGUCCGCAUUGUCACAGGCUGGCCCUCGGGCCUGGCACUGAGCUCAUCCGAAGGGAAAAAGCAGCUUCCUGAUAAACUGGAAGAUGUGGAUUCCGAGAGUGAAAUCGAUAAGAAGCUCAGUCUGAUCCCUUAUAGCUUGGUGAGACCCAUCCACUGCGAGCGCAGGCGCCCCGUGCUGUUCACCCCCACCAUGCUGGCCAAGCCCUUGGUGCAGAAGCUUCUCAACUCUGGAGGUGCCCUGGAAUUCAACAUAUGCAAGCCAGAUAUUGUAACAAAGGAAGAGUUCUUAAGGAAGCAAAGGACAGAGACAGUCAUCUUCAGCAGAGAGAAGAAUCUGAACACAUAUGAGUGUAUUGUACCUGCCAACAUCGAGGCUGUUGCUCUCAAGAACAAGCAUUGUCUCCUGGAAGCUGGAAUAAGCUGCACGAAGGAUUUAAUCAAAGCCAAGAUAUAUCCUAUUGUUCUCUUUAUAAGAGUCUCAGAGAAAAACAUCAAGAGGUUCAGGAAACUGCUGCCAAAGCCGGAGACUGAGGAUGAGUUUUUACGGAUGUGCCGCCUGAAGGAGAAAGAACUGGAAGCACUGCCUUGCCUUUAUGCCUCUGUGGAGUCAGAGGUGUGGAGCAGCAUUGAGGAUCUUAUCCGGACAAUAAAGGACAGGAUCGGGGAAGAGCAGCGGAAAACCGUCUGGAUAGAUGAAGAUCAGCUAUAAAAAGCCCCAAGUAACAAGGAGCUCUUUGGUGAGGAAAGGACAUACCCAGGUGGAGCAGGGGUUGACAGAAGUCUCUGGUUAGGUGCCCAGAGCUCACUCCUGUUUCACCCUUGCUGGCUGGGCACUUCCUGCUGGCAGGAUGCAUGUCUGGAACAGGACUGGAGCUGUGUUGAAGAGCCAGAGUCUCAGAUGCUGAGAUCCAGGCUGUGGGGCCACCACCACAAUUCCUGAUCCACUGGCAUUUCUUAAGGGACAGCACCUGUUUAACACAUGAGGACAAAGAUCUUGAGAGGGAGCUUGGGGUAAUUUAUUAUGUUCAAAAUAUGGAUCUCUUUUGUCUUAUUGAAAACUUCUGAUGAGACCAAAUAAGUGGAAUCUGAAAGGGAUAAGGCACGGGGACUGGGCUCCAGGAUGUGGAAUUGAGAUGUGCCCCACACCCCCUGAGGUGAGAUUCUGAACUUACCCAGUUGAGGAAGCUGAAGGCUGGCUGGGAGCAGCAGCAACACAACUGCUGAUGGCCAGAGCAGCUCUGUAGCCCUGUUUCUUCACAGUCAUUUUAAUCAAAAGAGAAGAAAAUAUCUAUUCCUCCUGGCAUUAACUAAAAUGAAAAUUUUCUCUUCCUUUUGAAACCCCGUUUUUAUUUAACAGUUUUGCAAGUUUCCUUUGUAGUCCUGGUGCUUACAGGAAACAGACUUCACUGUCCCAGUGGCACAUCAGAUCUUUCCAGAUCUGCCAGUGUUUCAUUUAGUUUAUCCCUGCCUCUGCAUCACAUUCAUCUGUACAUCUCUCAGUUUUUAACAUUUUUUUUUUACUCACGGAAAAUACCACAGUGCCUUCUUCGGACAACAGGUUUCUCUGUUUCUUCACUGAAAUAUUUCUCUACAACAUCAUUGCCUGCCAACAUGCCUGUUCUCUACAGGAGGGACUAUUCUUAGUAGGAAAGGAGAAUUUCAUAAGCCAGUAAUUGCUGUGAACCACUCAGUCCUUGACCUGUGUGCCAUGACUGAGAGCGAGGAGACCAGCGGGCACCACGCUGUGCUGUGGCCAAGUGGGAUAAUGCUUCCAGAAGUGUGUGUAGAGCUGUGGAGACCAUGUCCCGUUUUCAAAAGCACUUAAGUCCUCAGAGAGUUUAAGUUCCACUGCUCAUGAGUGUGACUUAGACUCCUAAAUCUCUUCAGUCUUUGAAAUCUUUCCUCUCGACAUUAGACGCUGUACUGAGAUUGCCAAAUUGAUCCAAUAAAACUGACCUGAAUAUAAUGACUCACGCAAUUGCUGAUCUGAAAUGCAAUAAAAAUUGACCUACAGAUGAAGAGUGGUCCAUCCCAUUGU